UUGGGACGGGUCCCGAUGGGUCACAGUGGUGUGAGUUCAGUCCCUCUGUGCUUCGCCCAGGGGGCCAUCGUGGCGGUGACGGGGGACGGCGUGAACGACUCCCCCGCGCUGAAGAAGGCUGACAUCGGCAUCGCCAUGGGCAUCUCGGGCUCCGAUGUGUCGAAGCAGGCCGCCGACAUGAUCCUGCUGGACGACAACUUCGCCUCCAUCGUCACGGGCGUGGAGGAGGGCCGCCUCAUCUUUGACAACCUGAAGAAAUCCAUCGCGUACACCCUGACCAGCAACAUCCCCGAGAUCACCCCCUUCCUGCUCUUCAUCAUCGCCAACAUCCCCCUGCCUCUGGGCACCGUGACCAUCCUCUGCAUCGACCUGGGCACAGACAUGGUCCCGGCCAUCUCCCUGGCCUACGAGGCGGCUGAGAGUGACAUCAUGAAGCGGCAGCCCAGGAACCCUCAGACGGACAAGCUGGUGAAUGAGAGGCUCAUCAGCAUGGCCUAUGGACAGAUCGGGAUGAUCCAGGCACUGGGUGGCUUCUUCACCUACUUCGUCAUCCUGGCGGAGAAUGGUUUCCUGCCAUCACGGCUGCUGGGAAUCCGCCUGGACUGGGACGACCGGUCCAUGAACGACCUAGAGGACAGCUACGGACAGGAGUGGACCUACGAGCAGCGGAAGGUGGUGGAGUUCACCUGCCACACGGCCUUCUUUGCCAGCAUCGUGGUCGUGCAGUGGGCCGACCUCAUCAUCUGCAAGACCCGCCGUAACUCGGUCUUCCAGCAGGGCAUGAAGAACAAGAUUCUGAUUUUUGGGCUCCUGGAGGAGACAGCGCUGGCGGCCUUCCUGUCCUACUGCCCGGGCAUGGGUGUGGCCCUCCGCAUGUACCCACUCAAGGUCACUUGGUGGUUCUGUGCCUUCCCGUACAGCCUCCUCAUAUUCAUCUACGAUGAGGUCCGAAAGCUCAUCCUGCGGCGGUAUCCCGGCGGCUGGGUGGAGAAGGAGACGUACUACUGAGCCGUCUGAAGAAGGACCAGGGUCAAGGGCGCCUGGAGGGGGCUGGGGGUGGUGGUGCAAAAAGACUGGGGGGUGUCGGGGGAGGGUCCGGGAGGGAGAAUGGGGCCGCUCAGCAGGCUAAGUUCGGGGGGAAUGGGUAACUAAGCUCGGGGCGAUUGCCUUGCAGACCUAACGACAAACAACCGGGUUAGACCCCACACGUCAGGGUCCUUCCCAGAUCCCAAUCGACACGCUCCGCUCCGUGGUCCACUUUUUCCGAGAAAUUAACGGCUACCCCAGCCCUCCCUGUUCCGUCCCUGCACACCCACCUGCCAUUA